AUAUACAUACAUACGUCUUAUUAUAAAAUACACAUACGCACACUAAUGUAUGUAUGUGGAAAAUAAAAAGGAAUUCAGUUGAAAAAGCAAACGUUUUCUGAAAUAUUUGAAAAACGCGCGCGUUUUCCGGCUAAAACGUAUUCGUUGUUCGCGCUCUCCAUCCAGUGUUAAAAAGCAGCAGCGCCGAUGGUCUAAAGAUGGUGCACAACCAUGACGAUCCCAUGAACAAAAUUCCACUCAAAUCGUCCAGCGGCUUGGAUGACGACGAGAAAAAUGGCGGCGAGCUCAUGCAGGACACUGAAGCCGCCGAGGAGGCGCGCCGCGAACAAAUGCGCGCCAACAUGCUGGCGUGGAUGAAGAAGCUGACCAUUGUGCUAAUCUGUUUCAUUGGCAUCGCACUCAUCAGUUAUGUCAUCAUAAGUCUGUGCUUUAGCGACUGGCCAAAGUCUACACCAAAUAACAAAAACAGCACCAACCACAACAACAACAACAACAACAGCAAUAAAACAGUAGCCACAGCAGCGAUAGCAGCAACAAGCAAUUUAGCAGCGGCAGCAGCAGAAAAUGUUGCAAACAGCACACCAGAUAUUUUAGCGACUGAAAGCACUGCAACAGCCCCAGAAGCUACAGAUAGCUUUGCAGCAACAACAACCACAACAACAACAACAACAACAAGAACAACGACAACAACUUCAAAUACACCUUUAACAGCAACAACACCAACACCACCAACACCACCAACACCAACAGCAACAACAACACUUAGCACCACAACAGAUUCCACAUUUAAAAAUUCUACUUUAACAGAUGAGCAGCCAUUGGAGACGAGCAGCGCCACCAGCGACAGCAACAACAACAACUUCCAAACAGGCGAUAUAAGCGAUGCAGCAGCAACAACAGCAACACCCCCAUCACCCCUACAGGAGGCACUGCCUCCCUCAAUUGCCGCCUCAACAUCGCCGACGACGCCGCCCCCCGCACUAGCGCUGAAUCCCCUGCUCGGCACUCCGGACACGGAAGAUGAGAAUUUCAACUCGAAAUUGGGGGUAUUCAAACGCGCUGCCGUCUGCUCCGACAAAGAGACCUGCAGCCAAAUCGGCAGCAACAUAUUGUCGCGCAAUGGCAGUGCCGUGGACGCUGCGAUUGCGACCCUUUUGUGCAACGGCCUGACGACCAUACAGAGCAUGGGAAUCGGGGGCGGCAUGUUGAUGAAUGUGUAUGUGCGGAAGACGAAACAUGCCUUCUCCAUAGAUGCACGCGAAGUGGCGCCUUUCGAUGCUAAGCCAGAGAUAUAUGACGAGAAUCCGGAAGCCUCCUACGUCGGCCCCCUCAGCAUUGGUGUGCCCGGAGAACUGAUGGGCUACCACAGAGCCCACGAUCAGUUUGGUAAGCUGCCAUGGCGAGAAUUGGUGGAGCCCUCGCUGGAAAUAUGCAAGACCGGCUAUUACAUGAGCCGUCAUCAGGCUAAAUCGGUGCGUCGGGAAUGGGAUGCGCUGAAGAACAAUACGCAUUUUAAGUCGAUGUUUGUCAAUCCGGAGACCGGUGAGCCGCACAACGUGGGAACACUGCUGAAGCCAACGGCGGAACUCUGCAACACAUACAAAUUACUGGCGGAAAACGGACCCCUUAGCUUCUAUAAUGGCACCUUGGCCGAUCUGGUGGUGGAAGAUCUACAGGAUUUGGGCAGCAUCAUCAGUCUGUAUGAUCUGCAAUCGUAUUUCGCUGAUCUCGUCAGUUCGAUAACGAUGCAGUUGGGCGACGAUACGCUAUACGCGAUGCCACCGGUCAGCGGCGGAUCGGUAGUAGCGCAUAUAUUCAGCAUACUGGAGGGCUACAAUUUCACCAAAGCCGACAUCAUUGACGAUGAGGCAAAGGCCCGCACCAUACAUCGUUUUGUGGAGGCUUUGAAGUUUGGAUUUGCGCGUCGUGGCGAGCUCGGCGAUUUGCGUUUCAAUGAUGUGCGCGAGCUCGUCAGUCAGCUGACCAGCGUGGAGUUUGGUUCCGAACAGCGUCUGAAGAUCAACGACAGUCAUGUGCUGGCCGGCCCACAUGAAUAUGGCGCCCAAUUUGGGGCCGAUGAGGAUUACACCGGCACCUCACAUUUAUCCGUGUUGGCGCCGAAUGGUGAUGCCGUUUCAGUAACCAGCUCGGUGAACAAAUACUUUGGUUCUGGCAUGAUUGGCCCUCGCACUGGCAUCGUUUUCAAUAAUGUAAUGAACGACUUUUCCGUGAAGAACAAUUACUUUAACUUGCCGAUGGCGCCGAGCAAUGGCGUAGAUUCGCGCAAGCGACCCAUGUCGUCAAUGUCGCCGAUGCUGCUGACGAACAGCAAGGGCGACAUCCGCUUAGUGAUUGGGGCUGCCGGUGGUUCGUUGGUGCCAGCCGCAAUUGUGGAGGUGGCGGCGCGUGUCCUUUGGUUCGGUGAGGAUCUAAAGACGGCUGUCGACGCGCCCCGAUUCUAUCAUCAGCUGGUGCCAGAUGAGCUGGAGUAUGAGAAGGAUGGCUUCAAUAAGCAUGUCCUCGAACUGCUCGAGAAGCGGGGGCACAAGCUGAAGAUAGUUCAGGAAAAGAACACAGUUGUUUGCGCAAUUUCGCGCAACGAAACGGCAAUUUAUGCCAAUGCCGAUUUCCGCAAGCGUGGCGGUGUGGCGGGAUUCUGAGCUCACAUACUCCCAAAAUCACACACACACACCCAUACACAUAUACACACGAACACACACACACACACAUCAGCCGUCAAGUAUCAAGUGAGAUUACAUUGUGUAAAGAGCAGAAGAGCAGAGGAAACGCGACGAGGCGAGGCAGGAAGUGCACGCAAGAAAAGUUUUACACGCCUUCAGUGGAAAGCGCAAGUGAAAAGUAUUUAAGCUAGCUAUGUUUUUUUUUUUACAUACAUACAUAUACAUGCAUAUAUCGUACGUUAUAUAAAUUUAUAUACUAUGUUUCCUACUCUACAAUACAAAACAAAAACAAAACGAUCAAGAACCGAACAUUUGUAUUUCACAUUCUACAUAGAUAAUUAUUAUUAUUAUUAUUUUUUUUUUUUUUUGUGUAAA